AGUCCCGGUCUCCCACCACACUACCACAGGUCCACAGCCAAGGCCUCCUCGGCUGUCGGCUCGCACAAAUCAAAGCACGACGGAGGGAAACCCAAAGCCACUCUCACUGUCCUCUCCGCUCGCUCUCCCACUCCCCCCUGUCUGUCCCUCCUCAUGCUCACCACCUUCAGACCAGCCAUGGCCGCCUAGCUGGCUAAGCUAAGCUCUGCUAGUACAAGCCUAGGUAGAAGCGAGGAGGACGGUGCAGGCAUGGGCUGCUGCGUCAGCAAGAAGCGCGGCGAGCCGCCGGGCGCGGCCGAUGGGGGGAAGGCCGUCGAGGCCCGCGACCUGCCGCCGCCCGAGGAGGAGAAGGUCAAGGAGGUGCUCUCCGAGACGCCGCGCGUCAAGCCGCCGCCCAGGCCCAGGCGUGUCGCCGGUGGCGCUGUGGUGGCGCCGUCGGCGGAGAAGGCCAGGGCCAAGGACGGCGGCACCGCCAGGGCGAAGGACGGCCGUGGUGUCGGCGGCAGGGUCGGCAGGCCCGCGCGCUCCGUCGAGGAGAAGUCGGAGGCCGCGUCCGAGUCGUCGGCCGCGACCACGGUGGCCGGGCCCGAGCGGUCCCCGUCGUCGAAGCCGCCCAGGUGCCGGCAGGGAAGGCCCGCGCCCGGUGGCGAGCCCAGGCGCGCCAGGCGGGACCGGGACCACGGCGCGGCCACACCCGGCGGGCGCGGCCGCGCGUCCCCCUCGCCCCCGCCUCCCCGACGCGACCCCGGGCGCAGGUCGCCGUCGCCCGCGGCGAAGCGGGCGCAGGACCAGCGCCGCGACGCUGCCGGCUCGGCCUCCUGCGCGCAGCGGAAGCCGCCCGUGCCCGCCAGGCCGACGCCUCCGCGUGCGCAGGAGGCGCCGGCAAAGCCACAUCUACACGGCCCUCCUACGCAGUGUGCGUCGCCACCGACGCCACAGGCGCCGGAGCAGGAGGAUACGAGUACUCCCCAAGGCAGCGACGGCGACGCCGCGGCGGGUGACGGCGAGGGCGAGGGGAAGGAGUCCCUGGAGAACCCCCUGGUGUCCAUGGAGUGCUUCAUCUUCCUGUAACACUGCACUAGCCCUUCAGUAAGUAAUCAGUGUACUCCAUUGUCACAGUUAGGAGUAACCAGAUUUAGAAGCCGUUCUGUUACGGUGAACGUAAUUCCGCUGGCAACUUCUUCCCGGGUUGGAAUUUUGUAUCCCGGGGAAGAAACUAGCCCCAGCUCUUUGGCGUACCUUGUCUGAUGUCCCUUGUAAUCUGUAGAUUUGUGGAGGACUGUAGCUAAUCCAAGCUAAGCUAGCCAGGGUGUCUCUGUAA